GGGACAAUGGCUGACAUAACAGCAAUCUGUACUAAUGAAAACUGCCGUAAAGAGUUUAACUGGAAAAGUCAGCCUUAUAUGGGUAGAUUCCCUGCAGGAAAUUUGCUCUUAUCUUAUGCUAUCCUGGCAGGUGGAGGCUCAGCAAGUAAAGUAAUUCAGAUCUUUGAKCACAUGAAACUGGCAUGCCUAUCGCUCACAACCUUCUACAACCACCAGCGUCAAAUUCUCUUUCCGGCUGUUGUCAUUUACUGGCAACGUUACCAGAAACAACUUCUGGAAAAGAUCAAGGCAGAGAAAGAGAAGCAGGUUAUUGCUGGAGACGGGAGACACGAUAGCAUGGGACAUAGUGCCAAAUAUUGUGCCUACACGAUAUUUUCUUGCACUAUGUCCCAGAUCAUCCACUUCGCUAUUGUUCAGAGAAAUGAGUGUGGAAGUAGUACUGCCAUGGAGUACGAGGCAUUCAAGAGAUCCAUGGAAUACUUGCUGACAAGUCCAGUUGCCAUUUCUACAUUUGUAUCGGAUCGCCACACUUCAAUUGUGAAACAUAUGAGAGAAGUGCUUGGACAUAUUAUCCAUUACUUUGAUUUGUGGCACCUUAAAAAAAAAAUUGUCAAAGUUAUUACAAAGAUCUCAAAAGAGAAAGGUUGUGAAGACCUCCGCCAGUGGGUUAAACCCUGCUCAAACCAUCUGCACUGGAGUGCAACAUCUACCUAUGAUGGGAAUGGUGAUGUCAUAUGGGCAAAGUUUUCUUCUUUCCUGUCUCAUAUUGUGGACAAACAUGAUAAUUUAAGCAACCCCCUAUUCAACAAGUGCUACCAUGGGCCAAAUAUUCCUGCUCGCCAAUGGUUGUURGAAGAUUCUGUUGCAUAUGAGAAAGUGACUAAAGAACUUAACAAGAACAGUCUUGAAAAAGCCAUCAAAAAAGCCUCCCCUCUCGCACAAACAAGCUGUUUAGAGGGCUUUCACUCUGUUCUGAAUCAUUUUGCCCCCAAAAUGAUCCACUAUUCAUUUCCUGGGAUGUUCUGCAGGUAUGUAAGCAGGGAUAAAGGGAAAUUUUGGUUGAUGUUUUGUUAG